CCUUCUUCCCCCAAUCUGCUCCUUCAUCCUCUUCCCAUCCUUUCUCCAAUAGCUUCACAUUUUAAUUAAUAAAAAAAAACAUUUGUUUUCGUUAUUAAGUUAAAUAAGUUAUUAAAUUCUUUUAAACUGUAGUUUUGAAAUUUUCCUCUUAGGGUUCUCUGAUUUUAUUGGCUUCCAAUUUUAUAUAUUUUUUUAUAGUCAAAAUUUGUGGGUAUUUCGAUGCGAAAGGAAUGGCGAAUUCGAAUCUCCACUCAAUAUCAUUGUACGGCUCAGGUGCGAUGAACAUGCAACGAAACCCAGAAGAGGAGGAGGAGGAGGACGUUCCCGGCGGAGGAGGUGAAGAGUCGGUGGAUAACCCUCAGAUUGGAUACCAAGAAAGCGACGGUAGGGCUGUUACGGUUAUGAAUAAUGGCAUGGAAGAAGCUUCUCAUGCCAAUCUUUAUGGUCAGGGAUCCGAUUUAACCGCCGUUCAGGGUAAUUCAAGUGCUGAUCAGCUCACCCUCUCGUUUCAAGGGGAAGUUUAUGUCUUUGAUUCCGUUUCACCUGACAAGGUACAGGCAGUUUUGUUACUUCUAGGUGGAUAUGAAAUCCCUUCGGGCAUUCCUGCAUUGGCUGCAACUCCUAUUGCUCAAAGGGGCAUGGGUGACUUUCCUGGGAGGUCAAUUCAACCCCAUAGAGCUGCUUCUUUAAACCGAUUCCGGGAGAAGAGAAAAGAGCGGUGCUUUGAUAAGAAAAUCCGCUAUACUGUGCGGAAAGAAGUGGCUCUCCGGAUGCAGCGUAAGAAGGGCCAGUUCACAUCAGCCAAGGCAAUUUCUGAUGAAGUAGCUUCAGCUUCUUCAGGCUGGAGUGGAACACCAGGCUUUGGACAAGACGAGAGCAUGCAAGAAACUUUAUGCUCACACUGUGGAAUCAGUUCUAAGAAAACUCCUAUGAUGCGUCGAGGUCCUGCUGGUCCAAGGACACUUUGCAACGCAUGUGGACUCAAGUGGGCAAAUAAGGGUGUUUUGAGAGACCUUUCGAAGGUCUCCAUGGUAGCAAUCCAGGAUCCAACUGCGAAGACUACCGAACAGAGUGAUGCUGAAGCUAAUGAAUCGGAGGCUGUAACUGGGACUGCAGUUGUCGUAUCUUCAUCGAACAGAGAUAACUCUGGUGUGACUUCCGAAAGAUGAGUAAUACGGUGAGUGCAAUGUUACUUUGGUGUUUCAAGGCAGAUGUCAAACUUUCUUGUAAUAAUCCGAGAUGGUUUGGCGACUGUAUAUAUAAUAGAUAUAUGGCACAUUGCCUUUGCUCAUUUGUGUAAAUAAUUUUGAGAUACAGGUUAAACUAGUUUUAUGUAACUUAGGAGUAAAAAAAAAAAAACUUUCACCUUCAACAUUAAUUAAUGUCCCCAUAUUUCUUUUCGCUUUUUUGGAUCUUCACAAUUAUGAAUGUAAUGUGCUUAAUGAGGAUAAUUUUAGAGGUGGUAACCAUCUCAGCCGAUCAUAAUGUGUAUAUAUUUAUCAGAGGGAGGUUUGAAGACUGAAGUAAUGGAAAUCCAAAUUGACAGGAUUUA